UAAAAAACAAAAAUUAAGAAUUAUUACUUGUUUGAUUUUUAUUUUUUUUACUACAAAUGAUAAUAGGUACACUUAAGUAUUUUAAAUAAUUACAAUUGUUUCAAAAUGUUGUACAAUUUAAGUUAAUUCUAAUGAGUAGCAAUGGAAUCUAGUAACAAAUUCCAAAAUAUGAGUUCAGAUUCUGAUUCCAAGUCGAGCUCGUUGAAUUCAAAAGUCGAACAAGAAUCAGGAUCGAAUUCACCUAUUAAAAGUCGUCGAUCAACAAGUUCUACGUCAAACGAGAAUGCUUUUGUAGGAGAUUUAAAAUUAAGAAAUAAGGUGUCUGACAACACUAACUCUAACCACUCGGAUGAUCCACCAUUAUUACCUGGAGAAAAAGUACAAGGUGUUGCAAGAGAUGUCACUUAUCUUUGUCCAUUUAGCGGCCCAGCAAGGGGUUGGUUAUCUGUAACCAAUUAUAAACUUUAUUUUAAAAGUUUAGAUCGUGAGACUCAACUUAUAAUCGAAGUGCCCUUAGGCGUGGUUAGUAGAGUAGAAAAAGUGGGAGGCCAAUCAAGUCGUGGAGAAAAUUCAUAUGGUAUAGAAUUGUUCUGCAAAGAUAUGAGAAACCUGCGCUUCGGCCAUAAGCAAGAAAAUCAUUCAAGACGUAAUGUUUUCGAAAAACUUCAACAAUAUGCGUUUCCUCUUUCUCAUGACAUUCCAUUGUUUGCUUUUGAGAAUACAGAAACAUUUCCAGAAAAUGGUUGGAAUGUAUACGAACCUAUGGCUGAAUUGAAAAGAAUGGGCGUUCCCAACGAUACAUGGCAUAUUACCAAAUUGAAUGAUAGCUAUGAUCUUUGCGAGACAUAUCCCGCAGUUCUAGCAGUACCAGCUGGAGCAACCGAUGAAAUAAUAAGGAAUGCGGCAGCUUUCAGAAGUAGAGGUCGAAUACCCGUACUUAGUUGGCUACAUUCCGAAUCACAAGCGACCAUAACUAGAGCUUCACAACCCUUAGUCGGCGUUGGGGGAAAACGUUGUCGUGAUGAUGAAAGAUAUACCCAGCUUAUUGUUGAUGCAAAUGCUCAAUCGCAUAAACUAUACAUAAUGGAUGCUAGACCUAGUGCUAACGCAAUUGCAAAUAAAGCAAAAGGAGGUGGUUACGAGCCUGAAGAUGCUUAUCAAAAUGCUGAACUAAUAUUUUUAGACAUCCACAAUAUUCAUGUGAUGAGAGAGUCUUUAAGAAAAUUAAAAGAAAUAUGUUUUCCUAAUAUCGAUGAAACAAAAUGGUUGUCUGGCAUUGAAUCAACUUAUUGGUUAAAACAUAUUAAAUGCAUAUUGGCUGGAGCUUGUCGUAUUGUCGACAAAGUAGAAAAUCACAAAACAUCAGUUUUGGUUCAUUGUUCAGAUGGUUGGGAUAGAACAGCUCAGUUGACUGCAUUAGCUAUGCUAUUGUUGGACCCAUAUUACCGGACAAUCAAAGGAUUUGAAGUCCUAAUUGAAAAAGAAUGGCUAAGCUUCGGACACAAAUUUCAACAUAGAAUCGGUCAUGGCGAUGAUCAUCAUUCGGAUGCUGAUAGGUCUCCAGUUUUUCUACAAUUCAUUGACUGUGUAUGGCAAGUGAUGUGUAUGUUUCCCAAUGCUUUUGAGUUCAAUGAAUUGUUUUUAAUUACAAUAGUCGAUCAUUUAUACUCUUGUCGAUUUGGUACUUUUCUAUUUAACAGUGAUAAAGAGAGAAUACAGAAAGAAGUAAAACAGAAAACCGUAUCGCUUUGGUCUUACAUAAACAACGAUCAAGAUUUAUAUAAAUAUCCUUUAUAUUGGCCUCAACAACAUGCUUUGGAACCAGUCCCUUCCUUGCGUUAUAUCAAAAUGUGGAAAGGCUUAUAUUGUCGAUGGAAUCCUAGCAUGAGACCUCAGGAACCAGUAUAUCAAAGAACUAGGGAACUUCUACAUAAGAAAACACAACUAGAGAAACAAUCUGAUGACUAUAGAAGAGAACUAAAACACAAGGCUUCCAGAAACUCUUCAACGACAGCUCGAUUAACUUCUCCUAUACAUAUUUAAUAUAUGAUAUAGGUAAGUACAAAAAUAUUUUUAAUUUAUUUAUUAACAAAUUUUUAAUUUAUACCUACUUUAUAAAAUAUAUUUUUGUUACCUAUCAAUAAAGUGUUAUCCCUUUUUUGAAA